AUGGAUCGGAAAAUUCUUCUUUCACCGUACAUAAGGCCGUAUUUUUACACUCAGCCACCACUUCCUCCGCCGCCACCACCACCGUUUAUUCAAGCCGCCUCUUCCGGUUCAAAUUUCAACGACAAUGUGAGUCCAAGUGUUCUGCUAAUCAUCAUUAUCCUCGCCGUUAUAUUCUUCAUCUCCGGAUUGCUUCAUCUUCUUGUUAGAUUUCUUAUAAAACCAUCAAAUAGAGACCCAGAUGAAUUCGACAAUGUGACUGCUCUUCAAGGUCAGUUACAGCAACUCUUCACUCUCCAUGACUCCGGCGUUGACCAAUCCUUCAUCGACACGCUUCCUGUUUUCACUUACAAAUCAAUAAUCGGUUUGAAAAACCCUUUUGAUUGUGCUGUGUGUUUGUGCGAAUUCGAAGGGGAUGAUCAGCUUAGAUUAUUGCCGAAAUGUAGUCAUGCUUUUCAUAUGGAUUGUAUCGAUACAUGGCUUUUAUCUCAUUCCACUUGCCCUCUUUGUAGAAGCAAUUUGCUUUCUGAUUAUGCUCCAAACACUUAUCGUUCGCCAUUUGUUCUUGUUCUUGAAUCUGGAAGUAACGAGAGUUCUCGAGAGAUUGUAGCCGAGCCCACAAUUCAAAGGGCGAGUUCUCGUUUUAGUGUUGAUGAAUCCCAAUCCGAAUCCGACCCUGUUAAUUCUGGUCAAAACGAGGUGAAAGAAGAGGAGAAUAAGGAAAAAGUUGUUACAGUUAAGCUUGGGAAGUUUAAGAAUGUGGAUGGUGGAGGCGGCGGUGACGGCGGUGGCGAGAAGAGUAACAUUGACGAAAGAAGGUGUUUUUCAAUGGGUUCUUUCGAGUAUGUGAUGGAUGAUAAUUCAUCUUUACAAGUUUCCGUUAGAACUCAAGUGAAGAAACUAUCUCACAAAAAGUCAAACCUCCCAAUCACCCCUGGUCACCGGCCGGCGAUAUCUGAAUGUGGCGGCGAUUCAAGACGAGAUUUCAAAGAUUUUGAAGCAUAUAGAGGCGGCAGUAUAAUGAAAGAGAGCUUUUCAGUUUCCAAGAUUUGGCUUAGAGGGAAAAAAGAGAAGCCAGAUUCAACACCAUCGGCGGCCAUUGAGCCACCAUCAACCACCACUUUCUCCCUACAGUUUUUGCUCCGGCAAAAUGUCGCCGGAGAAGAAGCAAAGGUUUCUGAGAUGGGAUGUGACAAUCAUGAAGUACAGAGUUGUCAUAGUCUUGAUUUACCAACAUCAACAUCAAAUCAACCGUCUUUUGCAAAAAGGAGUUUGCUUUGGCUUAUGGGCAAGAAAAACAAGGUGGUGCAUUCAUCUUCUUCGUCAAUGAAUGUUUGA